GCGGCACAACUCUAGACCACGAAACACCACCCCCAGCCUCUAGUCUGAACUCAGCAGAUAUGAGCCCUGGACCUGAUUCUUCCAAUCUGGACACUCAUACGUGUGGAGUAAAAAGCCAGACGAGAGAGAUUGGUUGCGCUCGUCCCAAUCUGGCCUAAGUGAUGCUCGUGACUUAGCUUCGAGGAGCCGCCUCCAAUCUCGGCGUCCUCUCUCCCUGUCCCUGAAUCCUACAGCCUUAAUUGUGGCCAUCCGUUGCGGAUGAUGGUGCUCGCAGCCGCAGCGAGCGCACCGUCCCUCCAAGGUUGGAAACGCCAGAUCUCAGCUGUUACCUGCCGACAUCCACGUUCAGCCCCACGCAUCGUCUUCAGAGCAUCUGCAACAAAGAAUAAUGAGAGGAAACGGAGACGCUUCCGGAAUCUGUCCAAAGGCCCAGCAUUAAUCGCCGGAGAAGUUUCUCCGGGCAACGGCGAAAACCCCACCACCGUCCUUGAUCUCAAUGUCGACGGUGAUGCUACUAGCGAUGCGAAAACUGCAGGUGCCCCAAGGAGUGCUGUUCUUCAAUCUUGCACUCUCACAUCCGGCUUGCUGCUUGCAUUAGGUCUCCUUCUUCGUGAGGCAUCACACGUUGCAUCUUCAAAUGGACUGCCAUUUGCUGACCCUGCGGCCGUAUCAUUCAAUUUUGAAACCUGGCAUCUCGAGUUGGUCGCCGGACUAGUAAUAUUGAUAUCGUCUACCAGAUACAUUCUGCUACAGACAUGGCCCGAUUUCAGAGAUUCCAGUGAAGCUGCAAAUACACAGAUCCUUACUUCCCUUGAGUCUCUGGAUUACAUUGUAGUUGCUUGUCUCCCUGGGAUAAGCGAGGAGUUCCUGUUUCGAGGGGCAUUGAUGCCAAUUUUUGGAUUGAAUUGGAUAAGUGCUCUAGCAACUGGUGUAUUUUUCGGUGUUCUUCACUUGGGCAACGGCAGGAGAUAUUCAUUUGCAAUCUGGGCAACAUUUGUUGGCCUUGCCUAUGGCUUAGCAACCAUAGCUUCCUCAAGCAUCAUAGUCCCAAUGGCUUCUCACUCCAUAAACAAUAUUAUUGGAGGUUUACUUUGGCGCUUCAGGGACAGCUCAGACAGAGAAAUGUAGAUUGGACAGUAUUUCCCCUUGAACAGAAGUUUUCAUUCGCAACUUCUACUUGUAGCACUAGCAUAGAAUGUUUAGUUCUUACUGGACUCGUUGUUAAAUCAGUUAAUGCAUGUAUUAUCCGUGGGUAAGUAAUCUUCAAAUCAUUUGGUGGUGAAGUAAGCUAACUAGUGAUGACUGUUUUACUUGUGUCA